AUGAAUUGGUAUAUUAUAAUAUUUAUAGCCUACUUUGUACGGAGGCUUAUUAUUCUGUGUAAGAAUUACUGGCUCGCAAGACAAUGGGGGUGUGAACCUAUGCAAGAAUUCGGUGGCAGAUUCGGAAUCAUAAGUCUCAUUAAUGUUAUCAAGGCAAGAAGAGAAGGGUUCUUGGUAGAUUACCAAAAGCAGACGUACAUCGAAACCGAUACUGAUACCAUAAAAUCCAGACUAUUUCAUAAACAACUUAUUCAUACAAAGAACGCUGAGAAUGUUAAGGCUGUAGUUGCCACACAAUACGAUGAUUUUAGUAUCGGCAAAAGACAUAAGUUUUUCAAACCAUUAUUAGGUAACGGAAUUUUUGCGUCCGAAGGGGAAAGAUGGCAGCAUUCUAGGACCAUGUUGAGGCCUCAGUUUGCGAGGGAGCGAGUGGCACAUGUUCAAGCGCUAGAACCGCAUCUUCAAGUAUUUGCUAAACACGUACGUAAAUCUGAAGGUGGCGUAUUUAACAUUCAGAUCUUAUUUCAUAAAUUAACAAUCGAUGCAGCAACGGAGUUUUUAUUUGGUGAAUCAGUGGAUUCAUUGCGUGACGCAUCGAUUGGGUAUGAAUCGUUGCCUACUGAUAUUGACGGAAAAGCAGGCUUCGAUGAUGCAUUCAAUAUCUCUCAGAAUUAUAUGAUGCUGAGAGCUUUGGCGCAGGAUUUGUACUUUUUAUUUGAUUCAAAAGAAUUUCGGGAAGCUAAUAGAAAAAUACAUAAAUUUACCGGUCAUUACGUACAUAAGGCGUUGGAGACUACACAAGAAGAAUUAGAUGCCAAAAGUAGAGAUGGCUACAUUUUCUUGUACGAAUUAGUUAAACAAACAAGAGACCCAAUUAUUCUCCAGGACGAAUUGCUCAGUAUUAUGUUAGCCGGUAGAAAUACUACCGCAAGCCUUCUCUCAUUCCUUUUCUUUGAGUUGGCAAGGAACCCUGAAAUUUGGAGUAAAUUAAAGCGUGAGGUUUAUGAGCACUUUGGAAACGGAGACGAUGUCAAACUUGAAAAGAUUACAUUCGAAUCUAUGAAAAAAUGCACGUACUUGAAGUGGGUCAUAAAUGAAACUUUGAGAAUGUAUCCUUCUGUGCCCCAAAACUUUAGAGUUGCUAAAAAAGAUACCACCUUGCCUAGAGGUGGUGGUAAAGAUCAACAGUCUCCUAUAUUUGUUCCCAAGGGACAAUUCGUUCUCUACACUACGUAUAGUAUGCACAGACUGGAAGCCUACUACGGCAAAGAUGCGGAUGUCUAUAGACCGGAAAGAUGGGAAAACCUUAGAAAUAUAGGUUGGGCCUACAUGCCUUUUAGCAGUGGACCAAGAGUUUGUCUCGGCCAACAGUUUGCCUUGACCGAAGCAUCCUAUAUAACGAUCAGGCUCGCGCAGAUGUUUCCAAAUCUCGAAUCCCACGAUUCAAAGUAUCCGCCUCCCAAAUUGACUAACUCAACAAUGAGACAUUUAGAUGGCGUGUUUAUAAGUUUGCAUUAA